AUGGUUCACGAUGGACAGUCAAGGUUUUCCAUUAAUGGAAAACCCAUUUACCAUUUUGUUGGGACCUCUACUUUUAGUGAGUACACUGUGGUUCAUGUUGGUUGUGUUGUUAAAAUCAGCCCCUUGCUCCUCUUGACAAAGUCUGUGUUCUCAGUUGUGGAAUCUCCACACGUAAUUGCUAAGAUGACUGAUGGCAGAGUAGACAGGAGUGUUGAAUAUACUGGGCAUAUUGAUGCUAUGAUUUCAGCAUUUGAAUAUGCCCACGAUACACACCCUAUGAACUUAAUGAAUGGAAUGACUCUCAAGAGAACAUUCUUUGGAAACAACAAGCCCCGUUAUGAUCUUCCUUCUGUUGUUGAGAAAUACAUGAACAAGGAGCUUGAAUUGGAGAAAUUUAUCACUCAUAAACUCCUAUUUGCUGAAAUCAACAAGGCAUUUGAUUUAAUGUUGAAAGGAGAAGGCCUUCGUUGCAUUUGCUGA